AAAUGGAGGACGCGCUGAGCAUGGUAACUGUUCGCUCCUACACGCACUCCGUCCUGCAGAGGGGCCUACUACCACAUGCUGAUCUAGCUAGCUGUAGCAAACAACCUGCCCUAUCUAUAAGUAAUAAGGCUCGAUCGAAUGUGUCGGCCGGCCGGUCAUCACCAAUAAUCCGUCGCGGCCCGAGCUAUAGCCGGCACCAGCACUCCAGCAGCGCAGGGAAAAGCUAGCUGGCCAUAGGAAUGGGGCGUGCGACAAUGCGGUGGCCGCAGCCGGCGCUGAUGCUCCUCGUCGUGGCCGCGCGGCUGGCCACCGUCGCCGUCGUCGUGGUGCGGGGCGAGCCCCAGGUGCCAUGCUACUUCGUGUUCGGGGACUCGCUCGUGGACAACGGGAACAACAACGACAUCGCGUCGCUGGCGCGGGCCAACUACCCGCCCUACGGCAUCGACUUCGCCGGCGGCGCCACCGGCCGCUUCAGCAACGGCCUCACCACCGUCGACGCUAUCUCUCGGCUUCUGGGCUUCGACGAUUACAUCCCCGCGUACGCCGGCGCGAGCGGCGAUCAGCUCCUCACCGGCGUCAACUUCGCCUCCGCCGCAGCCGGGAUCCGUGACGAGACCGGCCAGCAGCUGGGGCAACGGAUCAGCUUCGGCGGGCAGCUGCAGAACUACCAGGCGGCGGUGCAGCAGCUGGUGAGCAUCCUGGGCGACGAGGACUCGGCGGCCAACCACCUGAGCCAGUGCAUCUUCACGGUGGGCAUGGGCAGCAACGACUACCUCAACAACUACUUCAUGCCGGCGGUGUACUCCACCAGCCAGCAGUACACGCCGGCGCAGUACGCCGACGUGCUCAUCGACCAGUACUCGCAGCAGGUCCGGACGCUGUACAACUACGGGGCCAGGAAGGUGGCGCUGAUGGGCGUGGGGCAGGUCGGGUGCAGCCCCAACGAGCUGGCGCAGCACAGCGCCGACGGCGCCACCUGCGUGCCGGAGAUCAACGGCGCCAUCGACAUCUUCAACCGGAAGCUCGUCGCGCUCGUCGACCAGUUCAACGCGCUGCCGGGGGCGCACUUCACCUACAUCAACGUGUACGGGAUCUUCGAGGACAUCCUGAGAGCACCAGGGUCGCACGGUCUGACGGUCACCAACCGAGGGUGCUGCGGCGUCGGGCGGAACAACGGGCAGGUGACGUGCCUGCCGUUCCAGACGCCGUGCGCCAACAGGAACGAGUACCUCUUCUGGGACGCCUUCCACCCCACGGAGGCGGCCAACGUCCUCGUCGGCCGGAGGGCGUACAGCGCGGCGCAGCCGUCCGACGUCCACCCCGUCGAUCUGCGCACGCUCGCUCAGCUCUAGUUCGCUGUAUGGAUGUCCAUGUCGGUCACGUCACGUGAAGAGGAGCAAAGCUUAAAAAGCGUCUUCCUUUUUGUUAUUUGUUUCCCCUUUCUGGCCUUCUCGUGAUUGUACUAUUGCGUACGCAAAGGGAUGUGUGUCCAUCUGAACUAUAUAUAUAAAUAUAAACAUGAUAUAUACAGGGUUUCUUAUGGUUUUA